AGCUCUUUGCCCUGCCUUGUCCAAACUCAACAAGCAACGGUGUGGUGCAUCGUUGGAUUUCUGCCGUGCAUAUUGAACUUCUGGUUCAAGUUCAUCUGAAACAUCCAGUCCAAACAUGUCACCUCAAAAUCCUGAUGGUGGCUUGGAGGAGGAGGAGGCAGUUGUAGAGCCGCACGCCUCCUUUGAAUUCGGGAGGCGCCUAGUCAACGCUCCUGCAGGAGAAGAGGUGGUUAUUGCUGGACUGUCCGGUCAGUUCCCGGAGUCAAGCGACGUGCACCAAUUCCGGGACAACCUCUUCAAUAAAGUGGACAUGGUGACUGCGGACUGUCGCCGAUGGGACGUGAGCCACACGGAAAUCCCUCAAAGAACCGGCAAGCUGCUCAACAUCGCCCAAUUCGACGCCGGGUUCUUUGGAUUCCAUCCGCGACAAGCCAAUGCUUGCGAUCCCAUGCUCAGAAUGUUCCUGGAAGCCACUGUGGAGGCGAUGUUCGACGCCGGGCUGCAUCCGACUGAUCUGGAAGGCACCAAUACGGGUGUCUUCAUCGGAUCAUGCUUCAGUGAGACGGAGAAAGCAUGGUUCAUGGAUAAGCUGAUCCCGCACACCUAUGCUGUUACCGGCUGUCAGCGCUCGAUGCUGGCCAAUCGCGUCAGCUACUUCUUGAAGCUGAAGGGGCCGUCGUUCAUAUGCGACACCGCAUGCAGCAGCUCCUUGUACGCGUUCGAGCAUGCUUAUAAAGCAUUGCGGACGGGGCAAUGCGAUCGUGCCAUCGUAGGCGGCACCAACGUCUGCCUGCAUCCGUUUGUCUCGUUGCAAUUUGCCAGAUUGGGCGUUCUGAGCCCAGACGGCUCCUGCAAAGUGUUCGACAAAAACUGCAACGGUUACGCCCGUUCUGAGGCCAUAACGGCGCUGCUGCUUCAGAAGGCCAAAGACUCGAAGCGCAUCUACGCCACUGUGUUGCACGCCAAAACCAACUGCGACGGCUACAAGGAUUCCGGCAUCACGUACCCCUCUGGCGAGAUGCAAACCAAACUGCUCAGGGAGUUUUACCAGGAGUGCGACAAGGUGAAACCCAGCGAUUUGAGUUUCCUGGAAGCCCACGGAACUGGCACCAAGGUGGGGGAUCCGGAGGAGCUGCAGGCCAUUGAGGAGAUUUUCCUGCCGGGACGGACGGUUCCAUUGAUGAUCGGCUCUGUCAAGUCCAACAUUGGCCACACUGAGCCUGCAUCCGGACUGUGCUCCAUUACAAAGAUGGUGAUUGCGAUGGAAAGCGGCUUCAUCCCCCCCAACAUCAACUUCACCGAAGCGAGAUCAGGGAGCAAAGGCCUGGAUCAGGGCAUGCUCAAGGUGGUGGUGGAGAAAACCCCCUUUGCAGACACCCGCGGGCUGAUAGGAAUCAACAGCUUCGGGUUCGGAGGCAGCAACUGUCACAUCCUGCUGCGGCACAACCCCCAGGCGAAGCGGAGUCACGGGAGGCUGGGCCCGCCCCGAUUGGUCUGCGUGAGUGGGCGGAGCCAAGAGGCGGUGAACUGUCUCCUUGACGACGCGGCAGCCCACGCGGAUCCCGAGCACAUUGCGCUGCUCCAUCACGGCUUUAGGCGCGAUGUGCCCGGACAUUCAUACAGGGGAAGCGCGCUCCUUUCCAAAUCGGGCGAAAUCCACCGCUCCUGCAGCAAAACCGCCGAUAAAACCCCCACUUUGAUGGUGGCCUUCGGCGAUAUGGCGACCCUCAGGUGGGACGCGGGCUUCAAAGAGAUCCCCGUGGUGGCCCGAAGCAUCCAAAGGCUGCAGCAAAACCUGCCCCCCGGCAGCCGGGAGGUGGAGGAGUUGCUGCGGAGCAGCACCCACGCAAAGGACCAAAUCGUCUGCAACUUCUGCAUGCAGGUGAUUCUCUCCGACCUGCUGCAGGCCGCCGGCCUGGUCCCCGAUCGGGUGUUCGCAGUGAACAAGGGGCUGUCCUUGGGGGUGCUGGCGCUGGCCCACUGGGAGGGGGCGAUCACUCUGAAGGAGGCCCUGCAGUGCGUGGUUGCCAUAUCGAGCAGCUGCUCGGCAGGCAACCUGCCGGAGAUAGCCCACUAUGUCUGCCAGGACGCAGCCACUGCUGCCGACCUCCAGCAAGCCCUGACAAGGGUUCUGGUGACGCCGCGGCGACUUGGCAAGCGCGUGAUUUUCGCCGCCACCCCCUCUGAGCUGUCCCCCGACUACUUGAUGACCUCUUGGGGCGACACUCGCGUCCUGGUGGACGCCAGCAAAGCGCUGCAGAGAACCGACGUGGUCUACGAGCUGGGGAACGGCCAGGUUGUUGGGGGCAGCGGGCUCUUCGAGCACAAGUCCUUCAUCAGCAGCGGCAACGGUGUCAACGACUUCCUCAUCUCCCUUGGCAGGCUGUACCAGCUGGGGCUGCACCCGCAGCCCCAGAACCUCUGCCCCCAGGUGGAGUUUCCGGUCAGCCGGGCCACUCCCAUGAUAGCGCCCAAGAUCAAGUGGAACCACCAGGACAACUGGUUUGUGACGGUUUAUCGCGCCGACGACAACAUGCAAGUGGAAGAGAGGAGCUUUUUGGUGCUGCACAAAGACCCGGCGUACGGCUUCAUCAAGGGCCACGUGAUCGACGGCCGAAACCUGUUCCCCGCCACUGGGUACCUGAAGGUGGCGUGGGAGGCCCUGAGCCACAUCUACGGGCGAAUGGGCACCGACACUCGCAUCGUCUUUCAGAAUGUGAAGUUCAAAAGGGCGUGCACGAUGCCGCAUGAGAACAACAAGCUGGAGCUCACCGUGAUGAUCCAGCGCGUCUCUGGCAACUUCGAGGUGAUCGAGAACGGGAUGUCCGUGGUGAGCGGCGUGGCCCGGCUGGUGUUCAAAGACCAGCACAUGCCGGACGUUCCCUUCUCCCAAGGAGUCUGCAGGGAGGAGGCGCCUCUGAUGAGCACCAGGGACGUGUACAAGGAACUCAGGCUCCGAGGGUACAACUACAAGGGGAAGUUCCAGUCGGUGAAGAGUUGCGACGUCGGCGCCCACACCGCGCGAGUGUCCUGGGACGGCAACUGGAUCACCUUCAUGGACAACAUGCUGCAGCUGAAAAUCCUGCAGGAAGACACGCGGAUGCUCUACGUGCCCACCAGCAUAAAGCGCAUCCACAUUGACGCUCAGAAGCACCUCAGAUGCGUCAAGGAGACUGGGCAGGAGAAUCCAGACCUGCCGGUCUUCCUCUCAAAAUCCACCGGCAUCGUCAGGUGUGGGGGGAUCGAGAUUACCGGGCUGUUGGCCAGCUCGAUUGCGCGCAGGAAGUAUCUGGCCACGCCCGUGUUGGAAAAGUACGUCUUUGUGCCCAAUGCGUGCAGGCUGCGGAUGGCCGAAGCCAUUCGGGCUGAUAUGCAGAUCCUGCUGGAGAAUUUGUACGGCUUCAAUGUGAAAGCGGUGGAGCUGAUCGAUGAGGCCACCGUCGAGGGCAUCGUGCCCUUAGGCGAAACUGUGCAUGAUGUGCUGGCUGAUCUGCCUCUGAUCCAGCCGGAGAUCAUUAUUCUGAGCAAGAACGAGAUGGAGGUGAGGAACGUCAAAGUGGAGGACAAGAAGCUGCUGACUGAGUUGGACUGUAGUCUGGUGGUGGCCAGCAAACUGUUCCAAAGGAGCAACAUUCUCCAAAUCGCCCUGGGCUCCAUCAAGGAAAACGGCUUCAUCCUAUCCAGAGAGCCGCUGGACUUUGACGUGUCCGCUGUGACCAAUCAGAGCUUGAGCAUCGUGACGGUGUUCACCACCGAUUUGGAGCAGCUGGUGUUUUUCCGCAGGAAAACCGAGUUCAAAGCGCCCAAAACCGUCAAAGUGCAAAUGGAAAACGACAAAGACUUCUCCUGGCUGGCCAAACUGCAGGGCGCAGUCGCCCAGGACGGAAACGUGCUGGUCUGCGCCCAAAACGAGCCCCUCAGCGGCCUCCUAGGGCUGACUGCGUGCAUUCGGCGCGAACCUGGCGGCCAAAACAUUCGCCUGCUAUUCCUGCCGGAUCCCGCCCCGGAAUUUGACAUCAACCUGCCCUUCUACCGCGACCAAUUGGAGAAGAACCUCGCAAUGAAUGUGUGGAAGGACGGCCAAUGGGGCACCUACAGGCACCUCCUCCUGCAGCAAGGGCGCCUGGCGGAAGUGCGCCACUGCUAUCUGAACACGCUGGUGCGGGGCGACUUGUCCUCCUUGGCCUGGAUAGAGGGGCCCAUAGGGGCAGGCCGCCUCGCGGAUCCAGACGAAACGUUGGUCUACAUCUACUACGCCUCCUUGAACUUCAGGGAUGUGAUGGUAGCAUCCGGCAGGAUCAACAUCGACCACAUCACCCGUGAUAGGAGGGAGCAGGAGUGCGUCCAGGGCUUCGAGUUCUCCGGCCGCACUCGCAGUGGAAGGAGAGUGUGCGGUUUGCACCGCAACGGAGCAUGCGGCUCCCUACUGGAGGCGGACACUUUCCUCAUCUACGACAUCCCGGACUCCUGGAGCUUGGAGGAGGCCGCAACAGUCCCGGUCGUCUACGGAACCGCCUACUACGGACUAAUCCAGCGGGCCCAAAUGAGAGGCAACUCGACCAUCCUGGUCCACUCCGGCACUGGAGGUGUGGGACAAGCCGCCAUUCAGCUCGCCCUUGGUAUGGGCUGCACUGUUUAUACCACAGUGGGAACCGCCGAGAAGCGGGAGUUCCUGAAGAAGUUGUUCCCCCAACUCACAGAUGGGCGCAUCUUCAGCUCCAGGGACAUAAACUUCGAGAAGAGCGUGAUGGCGGCCACCAAGGGCCGAGGAGUGGAUUGUGUGCUCAACUCGCUGGCUGAAGAGAAGCUUUUGGCUUCUGUGCGGUGUUUGGCGCGAGGCGGCAGAUUUGUGGAGAUUGGCAAGUUCGAUCUGGCCAGCGACAAUGAGCUGCAGCUGCUGCUGCUGAGCAAAGAGGCCAGUUUUCAUGGUUUAACACUGGACGCACUUUUCCACUGCGUCCCAGCCGACAAGCGCGAACUGUGCCAGUUCUUAGCCAAUGGAAUCAAGUCGGGCAUCAUACGCCCUUUAAAUAGGACGAUUUUCCAGAUGGAUCAAGCAGAAGAAGCCUUCCGCUAUAUGGCUUCGGGCAAGCAUACUGGCAAGGUUCUGAUCCAGAUCAGAAAGGAGGAGUCAGAGCUGAUGGCGGUCCCGUCUGCUGUUCCAUUCCUGGCGCAUCCCCGAUACUUCUGCGACAGCGAUCGCUCCUAUAUAAUCUGCGGAGGCUUGGGAGGAUUCGGCCUGGAGUUGGCCGAUUGGUUGUGCUUGCGAGGCUGCCGGCGCCUCAUCCUCACUUCGAGGACCGGCCUCAAAACCGGCUACCAGGCCUACAGAAUAUCCAUGUGGAAGUCCUACGGAUGUGCAGUGGAAGUGUCCACGGAAGACAUAACCACUCCUGCGGGCUGUUUGGGCCUGAUAAAGGCCGCGCAACGUCUCGGCCCUGUACACGCCAUCUUCAACCUGGCUGUUGUGCUAAGCGACUGCAUCCUGGCCAAUCAAACCGAAGAGUCCUUCCGGGUCUCGUUCGCUCCCAAAGCCUGCGCCACAAAGUACUUGGACGAAGUCUCCAGGAAACUCUGCCCAGAGCUAAAAGAUUUCGUGAUUUUCUCCUCGGUGUCCUGCGGACGUGGGAACGCCGGACAGUCCAACUACGGCAUGAGCAAUUCCGUGAUGGAGCGCAUAUGUGAAAGGAGGCGGAGCGACGGCUUGCCCGCCCUGGCCAUUGAAUGGGGGGCGAUAGCCGACGUGGGGCUGGUGGCCGAGAUGCAAAACGACUCCAUUGAAAUGGAAAUCGGCGGCACUUUGCAACAGCGCAUCUCCAACUGUUUGCAAGUGAUGGACGUGUUUUUGCGGCAAAAAGAGGCUGCCAUUGUGUCCAGCAUGGUGGUGGCUGAGAAGAAGGGCGGCUGGGGAGGUGCCGACAACAUUGUCGACGCUGUUGCCAAUAUUUUAGGUAUAAAGGACCUGAAAUCCAUCCCGCAUCAAGCCACUCUGGCCGAAGCCGGCAUGGACUCGAUGACAGCGGUGGAGAUCAAGCAAACCUUGGAGCGGGAGUUCGAAGUGUUUCUAACCGCGGCCGACAUCAAAGGAAUGACCUUUGCCAAGCUGGCCGAGAUCCAAGCGGAGCGCGAUGCGGAUUCCUCCACAGCUGUGAAAAAAGAGCGCGCCUUGAUGGGCAUGGAGAUGUUCAUGUGGUAUGUGGGGGAAGCCCCAUCAACAGCCGAUCCCCUGGUGAGGGUCCAAGCUGGCCCUGCCGCCCCCCAAGGGGGCGCCACAGUCGUCCUCUUUCCAGGCAUUGAGGGGAUAGUGCAAACCCUACAGCCCCUGUACCAAAAUCUGCAGGCUGAGAUCUUGGGGCUCCAAUAUCCCUACGAUGAGCGGGCCGACAGCAUUCCGGCCCUGGCUGCCAUGUACCUGCCGUUGAUAGAGGAGCGCAUCUCCAAGGCCCAGCCCUUCACCUUUCUGUGCUACUCCUAUGGGGGGCUGAUCGCCCUGGAGCUGGUGGCGUUGCUGGAGCAGAAGGGCUACCUGGGCACUCUAGUUAUGAUAGACUCCAGCCCCGAUUACCUCAAAGGCGUCGCCAAGACGGUGGAGCUGGAGGUGGACGACAAGUUCCAAGUCACCCUGUUGGUGCACUUGAUGUCCAUGAAGGUCUCCUAUGACCUCAUCGCUAAACACUUGGAAGCGCUGCUGAAGCUCAACACAUUCGAGGAACGCAUCGGCAUGUGCCAGCAGAUCGUCGGCAAGACGAACGAAAAGUCCCAGAAGUACCAUCGGGAGUUCGCCCUCAGCAUCUACACCAGGGCGAAAGCGAUUGUCAAGUGGGAGCCCGAUUUUCAACUCAAAUCGCAGGUUGCCCUCGUCAAGCCCACACUGGCCAACGUCGAGAUGGCCGAUGAGGACUACGGGUUGUCGCAGCAUUGCGAAAAACCGGUCCAAGUGAGGGUUUUUGAGGGAAAUCAUGCCUCCAUUCUGGAAAACGCGAACGUAGUUGACAUGGUGCGUGAGUGCUUCGGGCUCAGUCCAAUGGAAGAGGGCCCAGGAAAGGGCGAUUUGCUCAUUACAGUGGAGAAGGUGCCCACAAACGCGGCCAAUAAGGUGUGAAUCUGAACCAGAAUAUAAAAAUCGGCGAUUUUCUAGGAA